AUGGACAACCCGCUGCAGCAGCUGCUGCAGUGCAGCAAUGAGGAGGAUCAGCAGGCAGCACUUAGUCCGUGGCUGCUGUCUGAGGAGCCUCCAGCAGACGCUGCUGCUGCUGCUGCUGCGCUUGCCGGCGCCUCCGUCGAUGCUGAAGCAGCAGCAGCAACAGCAGCAACAGCAGCAACAGCAACUGCAGCAGCAGCAGCAGCAGCCGAACCAGCGAGCAGAGGCGUAGAGGGAAGCAGCAACUGGUGGGGAGAAGCUGAAGAUGGGGCCCCCGAUGGAGAUGCUGAUGAGUGGGUCCUUCCUGGGGGCCCCAGUGAAGGAGUUUUCUCAUUCUUAACUCCCCAAACCCCACAAGAGCCAGCCAAGCAGGCCCCUCCAGCAGCAGCCAGCAGCAGCAGCAAAAGCAGCAGCAGCAGCAGCAGCGGCAGCAGCAGCAGCAGUAGCAGCAGCAGCAGCAGCAGCAGCAGGAGCAGCAGGCUGAGCCACCUGGAGGAGAAGGCUGUGGAGCACUAUGCGAUCCUCUGCAGCAUAGAGCAGGUGCUGCAGCAGCAGCGGCUGCGGAUUCUGCAGCAGCUGGAGCAGCAGCAGCGGCAGCUGCGGCGGCUGCGGCGGCACCAAGAGCUGCAGCAGCACAUGCGGGACUGCAGCCGCAGCAGCAGCAAACGGGGGGGGGCCCCCAAGGGUACAGCUGGCCCCUCAAGCGCGGGGGGCCCCUCCGAGGGCCUCUUAACAAAUGCAGAAGGGAGGCCCCUGCCAAGCAACAGCGACGCGCUGCUGCUGUGGGAGCAGCAGCAGCAGCAGCAGGUGCAGCACUGCCCCAGCGGCAAGCCGCGGGUCUCGGCUGUGGGGGCCCCCCCAGCUCUUGGCCGCAUGCGGGGGGGGGGCCCCCCUAAAGAUGAAGUCCCUGAGGACUUGGGGGGCCCCCCCAGUGCCCCUGCUGCUGCUAAGACCCUUGCUGCUCCUGCUGCGCUGCUGGCGCAGCAGCUGCGGCUGCGCAAGGCGAGAAAGAGGAAGCAAACUGCUGCCGCGCAGCAGCAGAAGGGGGGCCCCCCGGGGGCCCCCGACAGGGGCCCCGGGGGGCCCCCCUACUCCGACGAGGAGGAAGCAGAAGGAAGCAAAGAUGAGCUGCAAACCCAAACAUUGCUGCUCUCUCUUUUUGAAAAGCAGCUGCGCAUGCAUUUGGAAGAGCUGCGUAUUCCCCCACAAGUUGUUGCUGCUACUUUUCACGCCGCCAGCUGGCCCCCCCGUUCCUUGUCCAGUAUCCAGGGAGCUCAGCAGCAGCAGCAGCAGCAGCAGCAGCAGCAGCAGCAGCAGCAAGAUGCGUGCACGCUUCACCCCGCAAGAUUGCUGCAGGGAAUCCGCUUGCUGCUGCAGACUGCUCGCCCGGCGGCAGCUCUCUCUGACAAGCAGCAGCAGCAACAGCAGCAGCAGCAGCGGCGAAGUGAGCAGCAGCAGCGAAAGGUCUACACUCUCGCGUCGCUGCUGCGGCGCGUCAGUGCUGCUGUUGCUGCUGCAGCACCGCCAUCCCUCCGGCUGUCUGCAGCAGAAUGCCUCCUUCGCUUUAUGAAUGCAACGCCAACCCAAGCAGCCCUGCAGCGCAUGCAGGAGGAGUACCAGCAGCAGCAGCAGCAGCAGCAAAUGAUGCUUCUGCAGCAGCAGCAGGAGGGGCGACAGCUGCAGCAGCUGCAACUCCAGCAGCUGCAGCAAGCGACGCGCAUAGCCGCUUCAUCGGGUGUUUCCUGGCCAGCAGGUGGCCCCGGCCUGCUGCAGCAGCAGCAGCAGCAGCAGCAGCAGCAGAGCACCGCAACAGGCGUAGCUGCGCUCUUAUUGAGACACGCGCGCGCCGCUAUAGAACGGUGCAGCAGCAGCAGCAGCCGCGCAGACAAAGCAGCAGCCCUGGAGGAUAAGAACGCAGCAGAAGCUCCAGCAGCAGCAGCAGAAACAGCAGCAGCAACGGCUGCAGCAGCUGGUGUGGAUUUCUUGUCAAUGGCAGCCUACAGCGACGCGCCGAUGCCUCCGUUUGUGAUUUUCCAGGUGUAUGUGCAGCUGCAGCAGCAGCGACAGCAGCAGCAGCUGCGCAGGGAAUGGACUGCAGCAGAAGACCAGCUGCUGCUGGCAGCUGCUGCUGCAGUGCAGGGCACCCCAAGAGGCAGCAGCAGGUGGAUGCGGGUUGCUGCAAAAGUUCCAGGGCGAACAAACAAUCAGUGUAGGGCCCGCUACAACUAUCUGCAAGUGGAAACCAAAAGACACGGGAUGUUCAGCCCUUUUGAAGACUUGCAGCUGCAGCUGCUGGUCUCUGGCUACGGCCGCGCCAGCUGGAAUAGAGCAGCAACUCAUUUGCGGGGCCGCACGGAAAUGAAGUGCAGAGAGAGGUACCAGCACUGCUUAGCGCCUUCCAAAAAGCCACUCCAGUGGACUGCAGCAGAGGGCGCUUUGCUGCGAGCAGCAGCAGCUUGUUUUGGCCCGGACUGGAGCCGUGCUGCAGAGCUCUUUUCUGGCAGGACUCCGGCGGACUGCGCCUCCCACUUUCAGUCCAUGGAAGCUGAGGCAGCGGCGACGAGAAACGCGCUGCUGCUGUUUGCCUCCUGGAGCAGCAGCAGCAACGGAAGCAGCAGCUGCAUGAACAACGGCAGUAGCAUCAGCAGCGUGGAGGCCUGGCUGAAAGAGCACCUGCUGCAACUUUACGCAGCACUCCGUGCUGGCCUCUUCGCGCGAUACUGGCCGCCUGUGUCGCCGGAAGUACCUCUGCAGCAACGGCUGCAGCAGCUGCAGCAGCUGCAGCAGCAGCCGGCGCUCCAGCUGCUCGAUUUGGCCCCUACUCUGUCCCCUCUUUCGGGGCCCCGCAGAGCGGCUUGCACAGCAAACAUGGCACUCUUCUCUCUUCAUCUGGAAGAGCUGCAGCGAACAGCUGCGGGGGUCGGUGCCGCCACGAGUGGUCCUGCUGCUGGCAGUUUGCUGCAGCCCAGUGACACUGAGACCGCAUGCGCCUUUUUGCUGCAGCAGCUCCAGCGGGUCUUCUGCAUCUCUCGCCUAGAUUACAUCUCUUAUGCGUCGCACAUAAACGCUCUCAGAGAGCUGCAAGGCUCUCCCCACGGGAAAAAGGGUUCAGCUCAGGGGGGCCCCCCAGCUCAGGGGGGCCCCCCUCUCGAGGCCCUCCAGCCGGGUCCGCAGCCCGCCUGGGGAGAGCCCGGUGACCCUGUGCCUUCCCUUUCUCGUCUUUUGCUGCUGUACAGACACCCGGAAGCAGGGGGAGCCGCGCUGCAGCUUCCCUGGCUGCACACGGAAGCCCGGAAGGGGGGGCCCCUCUGCUUCCCUGACACUGACGGGGGGCCAGGGGGCCCCACUAGGGGCCCUCUUGCUGCACCGCGGCUGCAGCUGCAGCAGAGGGGCUCUCUGGGCCGGCAGCGAACUCAGCUGCCGGCCCCCUUUUUGAGUGCUGCCUUCCGCAGCAGCGUUGCUGCUGCUGCGCUUCUGCGGCAGGCCUCCGCCUCACAGACCCCCGAAGCUCCAGCGUAUGCUGCAGCAGCAGUAGCAGCAGAGGAGGCAGCUGCGGCUCUUGCGCCAGUUCUUUGGGGGAAGGCAGCAAAUGCCCUUCCGCCAUCAGCAGCAGCAGCCGCUACUGCCACUGCAGCAGCAGCUGCUGCUCCAGGGGGAUGCGCCGGAGAAGCUCCCGAGGGGGUCCCUGGAAGCAAUUCUGCUGCUGCAGCGUCUGCUGCAGCAGAUAGAAGUCUGCAAGAUGGCUUGGCUGAGCAGCCUGGGGAAGUCUCAAGUCGGGGCCGGCCCCGCCGGGGCCGCGGGAGGCCCCCCAGACGCAGGGGCCCCACAAGGGCUCUCAAGGAUGGGGGGGCCCCUGCUGCAGCAGCUGCAGCAGCUGCAGCAGCUGCAGCAUCUGCAGAGGAGGCGGGUGCCCGCGAGAGCGACAGCAGCGAGGACUGGGAACUGCCGAAACGCCAGAAAAAGAAACGCAAGGCAGAGGCCCCCAGAAAGAGCCCCGGCCCCCAGGGGCCUCGAAGGGGCCCCGGAAGGCCCCGUAAGCAGGGGGGCCCCCCACAGCAGCAAGCGGCAGCCCAGCAGCUGUACACCGGUGCAGCAGGGGAAUCCGCAGCUGCACAAACAGCAGCAGCAGCAGAAGUGAGGGAGCCCGCUGCUGCUCACUCCCGAACUGCUGCUGCCUCAAUCGACAAUGGUGCUGCAGCCACAAGUGCUGAGUGUACUUCCCGAGGAGCAGCAGCAGCAGCAUCUGCUGCAUUGGCAGCAGCAGAGUCAGCCGGCUCAGCAGCAUGCGCAGACUCAGCAGGUGAUGCAGACGCGGCUGCUGCUGCUGCAGGCACGCUGAUGGACGUGGAACUAUCGACAGCAGCAGCUCCAGCAGGAGCAGCAGCAGCAGACAUCCAGUCAGCAGCAGAGGCAGUAGUUGACGGCGAGGCUGAUGCUUUCCUAGAUUUGUUUGGGGAGGACGCUGCAGGUACACAAGGUCUGAAUUCGCGGUGA